ACUCAGCUGAAGAAUAACAAUCAGACGUGGACCAGAUUAUACCCUUUGAGGAGGGUAGUGAACGAAAAAUUAAUAACGGGCUUGUGCUGAAUCGAAAAUGUCGCCUGUGUGUUCUUCCAGUUUACUGCGAAAGGUAGUGAAAUAUGGCGUCAUUGAGUAGUGCCAUUUUCCCUGAAUGAUGGAAGGGAUGGUGGAAGAAAAUGGUACAGUUGAUCCUCUGGCUCCAUCUCCGGAUCCACCUCUGUCUAUAGCUUCCUCGGUAGGGGUCACUAACUCUCAGCCUCAUCUGGUGGCAGCUACUAACAUUGUUCAACUUACAUUACCUACCCACACUCAGGCACAGGUCCAGUCAGUCAUACAACCCAACCAACAGUCAGUUAUUCAAACAGCAGCUAAUCUACAGCCUAUGCUGAGCAAAGGCAACGUUAUACUAGUUAGUAAACCUAAUUCUGUCAUACAAACAACACAAGGAAGUUUGCAGGCUCUCCAGGUGGUGGAAGCUCAAAGUGAUGAAAGCAUUUCGGAUGAUGAAUCGCUAAAGAAGCGAAGGGAUCUGUUGACGAGGCGUCCGUCAUAUAGGAAAAUUUUAAACGAACUUGGAGGGGGUGAGAUUGCUGAAGGCAAGAUUGAGCAGACUUCUUCCGAAGCGGAUAGUGAAUUGUCCUCACACUCAAUCCCAUACCACACAGUCAUUCCAGCAGGUGCUAUUCAAAUUUCUAGUGGUGAGGGAGGACAAGGAAUCCACACGUUAACAAUGACGAAUUCGACGACAGGAGGUGCAAUAGUUCAAUAUGGACAGGGAGGUCAAGAGUUCUUUGUACCAGUUGUUACUCAGGGUGGUAACUUAGGCGGGGGUGGUAAUGAAGAUCAGGCACGGAAACGUGAAAUGCGCCUGCUAAAAAAUCGAGAAGCCGCGAGGGAAUGUAGGCGGAAGAAGAAGGAAUAUAUUAAGUGCCUAGAAAAUCGCGUUGCGGUUCUUGAAAAUCAAAACAAAGCCCUUAUUGACGAAUUAAAAUCGUUAAAGGAACUUUAUUGUCAGCAAAAAGGGGACUGAGGAAAGGUGUGACUUAUUUUUUUCAAUACGGUGUUGGAUACUUUUGCUAUAAAUAUUUUUGGGAUGGCCUCUGUCGGUUAUGGACAUUGUGCAAUAUCCUUAUAGGUGAUCUGUUUGUCGUGAAAACAAACAGGAAUAUAAAAUUGUUUCUUUUUUUCUUUCUCUAUCUCUCUUUAUGCAUUUAAAGUGGUUGGUGAAUUGAAAUCUGUAUAUAAAUAUACAUAUAUUUGUUGACUUCUCCAAACUGCUACUACCAGGAUCUUAAAGUUAAAUAUGUAAUUCUACCUUUAAUUUGAUUCCAUUGAAGCAGAAGGAUCUGUAAACUCAGUCAAGGCUGUUCUUAAAAGUUUCAACAAUUUAGUAUGCUACAACAUUGAAACUGUUUUUAGCAGCUAGCUUUAUUACCACAGAUAUCCAUAAAGCAAAAUAUUUUAUUCUUUAAAAUUUAAAUUAUUCAUUGUAUUUAAUCAAUGAAAGAAAUAGAUGUAAAUUUUUGGUAAUUGUUAACUUCGAAGUUAAUAAAUAAUUUAUGUAACAAUAGGGACAUGAUGGAAAGGCUUGUGACACUUAAACACUAAGAGAGCCAAGUGUAAAUAUAAUGUAAAUUGGUUUAUUUUUCUUAAAGAUAGUAGAGCAAUUAGAUAUUUAUUAGAAUGAACCUGAAGGAGUGCCUUGUUAGUAAACUAAGCAGUUAUUACGAUUUUUUUGUGCCCCGACAUAUUGUUUCACUCGUAAAACAUUUAUUUUUAUUUUAUGGGAAAGUCAUGCAGUUUGCGCAAUGGUAGUUUCGUUUUUGGUAUGAUAUAAUCAUUUGAGGAAUUACGUUUAUUUAAAGGCCCUAAUUAACAAUUUUAUUCUUCAUGCAUUAUUAGAUUUCUAAUAUUUUUUAGUUAAAAUUGUUUUUGUUUAUAUUUAAGCAGAGAAAAGAAUAAUAAAUGUUAACGAGCGUUACAAGAUGAAUUCUAAGUCAA